AAACAAGUGUCCACCGAAAACAUAAAAGCUUUCUAACCAGUUACUUUAAAUUUUGCUUUGCGCAGCGUUUACUUGUAAAACGAACCGUUUUGUAGAAUGCAUGGAACAGAAGAUGAACCCGAAGAUGUUUUCAUGUAAAAUUUAGCAAAGUACGAAGAGACUGCUUACUCUGUUGGAUGGUGCUGGACUCGGCGACAUUAUUGUUGUGGCAUCCAGUAACAUUGGGAGAUGCCAAGAAAGAGGCCCACUGAGUCCUCAUGGGACAGUGAUGAUGACCUCCUGGAUGAAGAGCUUUCUGGAAUCCAUGCAUUUAGAAAGUCCAAAGAUGAUUCAGAGGAAGAAUUUGAUGAAGAUGCCCUCCUAGGACUGGGUGAUGACACUGAUAAAGAUGUCAGUGGGAAAGAUGAGACUGCAGAUGACCUGGAAGAGUCAGCACCGCCUGAUGAAGACUUUGUGGAGAUAGAGCCCAUAACUGAUGAGUUCACAGCCCAGAACGAGGAAGAGGAGGAGGACCUUAUCGAGGAAGAUGUGAUUGACAUUGAUGUCUCAGCAGGGGGCGACUUAGAUGACACAGGGAUAGACACACAUGACGAAACGCAGGAUGACACGGAGGGUGACCCCCAGGGAGACGAUGUAGUUACCAGUACUGUAAAGGAGGCCUGGCCUGAGGCCCAUGAAUCAAGCACACGUCGAAGUGCUAAAUCCAGGCUAGGACCAAAAACUGCAGAGCCUGACAUCCAAGAACAGGAGGAGCAUGAACCUGCAGGAGAACAGGCUGAUACGACUGUCUCGGACAUGCACGACGACAGCGUGCAGCAUGCAGAGGACGAGAGUGAGGAGAGCGAGAGUGACGAGGAGGAGAGAAGAGAGCGGUUUAAGACGGAGAGGAAGAUGAUCAAGUUGACCAGUUCGGGAGGUCACUCCAAUGCUGCCUCGAGGUCAAGGACAGAAAUCCCAGACACGCUGGAGAUCAGUAAAGAAGAGCAAGACAAGAUAGAGGAAUUUCUUCACCACAAGGGGAGAGGCAAACGCUUCCAAAAACCAAACCAGCAACAGCAUCAGAGGGGUAAAGGACAACAGUCUCAGCAGCAACAACCACAUGGUCAUCAGCAGCAGCAAUUUCAGCAGCAGCAGUUUGGACCCCGGGGACGAGGAUGGACUCCCCCAAGGGCCCAGGGCUCCAUGCCACGCCCAGGGGCCAACCAAGCCACACCCUUACCCCAGACCCCUGGGGUCCCUAUGCCACGCCCAGUUCCAGGCCAGCCAAGGAAGAUUCUCAUUAACCCACAUUUCAGGGGGACAGUCACAGUGCGUCCCGAGGCCAGGUUAAUAUGGGACAGGGACACGCCCACUUCUCUAGCGGGACAGCCUCUAGCAGCAUCUGGGAUGACCCUUGGGGGACCUGGGAUGGCACCAGGGGCGGGGCCCCAGCCGGCACGCCCACAAGAGGCAGUGCAUCACAGACCCCCUCUGUACCCAGCACCUUCAUCUCAACCACAACCACAACCUUAUCAGCCACCUCAGCAGCUCAUGGCUGGGGUUCCUCCUGGCAGUGUGCAGGGUCCCCCUGGUGGCAUGCAGCAACCCAUGUCAUCUACUCAGCAUGUGGGAUAUCAGCCUGGUCCAUACCAGCACCCUCAUCAAGCCACAAAUACUGGUCCUCCCAGAACAGGACCUCCAGGGCCUGGAGGACCACAGCUACAGCACCAGGAACAGUUUCGACCACCUGGUCAAAGUCAAGGAUGGGGUGUGCCCUCGGGAUCCCCGCCCCCUGGGCAGGGCUACCCCCAACCAGGAUCCCUGCCACCCCAGUCACAUUACCCACCCCAGGCUUCAUAUAGUGCACCACACCAGCAGGGCCAGGCUCCAAUAUACAGCCAUGCCCCAAUGGGCCCUGGCCCAGGAGGACCACGACCUGCUGUGGCACCUGGUGUGGGAGGACAACCGGCCUUUCCCAGGCCUCAGCAGGGCUACCAUCCAGGGCAGGGACAGCAACCUGUGAGACCCCUUAUGGCACAGCAGGCACCAUAUGGAGUGCCCCAAUCAGGCCCAGUUCAGCCUCAGAGAUUUCAGGGUCAGUUUCCUCCCCAGGGUCAAUACCCCCCACAGUACCCCCCACAGCAGCAGGGUCCUCCGAGGGGGUAUCAACCCCCACCCCAACACCAGCACCCGCCCCAGCAUCAGCAGCCUCCCACACAGCCUGGUUAUCAGCCCCAGCGCUACCAGUCUCCUCCCCAGCAACAGUUUCCAAGGCAACAAGGUCCACCAUUUCAGCAGAGGGCGCCACUGCAGCAGCAGCAGCAGCAAGGACAGAGGUUUAAUAGACCACAGCAGCAGCCAAAUAUGAGGCCCCAAAUGAGUGGACCCCAGCCACGUUCCCAACAACCAGCCCAGUUUGGUGGUCCCCGCCACCCCCAGGGGGCACACCUCAGGAAUCAGGCCCCACAGGGCAGGGGUUAUAAGGCUGUGGUAGAGAAAUACAGGCAGCAGCAACAGCAACAACAACAACAGAGACAGCAACAGCAACAACUCAAUAGUCAAAGAGGACCGAAGAUACAGGGGUUGUUAACAAAGAAGAAGCGAUUACAACUUCAGCAGCAGCUACAGCAACAGGGCAAGAGAAGACCAGGAGGAGGAGGGGAGGGAGGGGAAGGGACAGGUGUUAGUCCUCUGAAACAAGUCAAGGUAGAGGAAGAGGAGCCAAUGGAUGAAGAAACUCGACAGCUUAAACAAAAACUGGCUGAACAGAAGAGAUUACGUGAAGAAAUCAUUCGCAAAAAGGAGCUGCGGAGACAGCAGAUGGCUUCACAACGAAGACAGCAGAUAGACCAGAGAUUAUCGGAGUCUGGGGUGUCACCUGAAGGGGAGCCACCUGCCAAACAACCACACCUGGAGAAUAAACAGCAGCAGCUGCAGCAACAGCACAGACCAAAUACCCCUGUCAGCAAGAAAUUACAGUUUCAAGGCCAGAACACGAUGAAACAAUUUAAUAGUAACUCGGCUGCAAAGAAACUAGUGCAGAAAGCUUCCACAAACCAACGGAACCUGAAAUCUGUCCCUAUUCAGCAAGGUCAAGGUCAGAUGAAGGCAAAAGCAGGUCAAGGUCAAGUAAGAGUUGCUGUGAAUGACCAGGGAAGUAACAUUCAGAUUGUGAGAACUGUGAGUCAGACUCAGCCACAGGGGCAACAAAAGGUCAUGAGGCAGAACAGUUCAGGAAACAGGGUUGUGCGUCCCCCAGGUCAAGGUCAGGGUCAAGGUCAGAGGACUGUGACACCCCCUAAGCAGGUGGCAAGAAACACAGCUGGUCAGCAGAAUGUUAACAGGACUGUGUUGGUCUCAGGGCAACCACUGGUCCAGCCAAAUGUGGGAACUAAGAAAGUGAAGUUGUCGGCAGCCUCUGUAGCAGGGAAGAAGAGAGUGGAGGUGAAGAAUCUGACCACCACGACCACAGAACAGCAGCUGCUUGCCAUGUGCUCUAGUGUAGGGAGAGUGGAGUAUAUCAAUUUGAUGCCUGACCAGAAGAAGGCAAUCAUCAGUUUCAGCUUACCAGGGGAGGCCCUUGCUUUCUCUAGAAAGUAUCAAAGGCAUAUGCUUGACCUGUCCUGUAUCCACGUGACCAUACUGCCAUCCUGAUGCUGCCCAUCAAACUGAUUGACAGUUGCCAAUCAACCCAGAUUAAUAACACGGCCAAAGAUCACUUUUGGGAGGAAGAUAAUGAAUUUGGAAGCUGUAAAUACAGAGAAGACAAGCAGGUUGAAUAGAAGAGACCAGAGGUUUGAAGAGAGAGAGAGGAAGAAGAAGCCUCCUUAUACUAAUGUUACCUUGCAUUGCUAGAUAGUGGUAGGUCUGUGUUGUGAGACUCACUUGGUCUAAGCUGUAUGCAACGUGUAUAGCCACCUGCUACUCUUUGGUCAAUAGGGGCUUGUUACUUGCCUGAAACUCAGUAAACAGGCAGGUUCAAUGGGGUUGUGGUCCCAGUGUUGAUGUAUGUAAAUAUACUGUGUAUUGGGGGUUCUUCAUAUUAAGGCUUCAGCUUGUAGCUGUUACAGAGCAGUUGAAGACGUUCAAGGUACCUGAAUGUCCAAGCAACAAUAUGAGAUGUACAUAGAGGUGUACUGAUCUGAAGAGUUUAGCAAGGGAAUUGAAAUGUGUUUGAAUAACAAGCCAGAUGUCAGCAGAGAUUUAAGUGGUUUUGUUUUACAAGAAGCAGGACUGCUAACACAAAUCUUUGUGUGUUUUAUGGCAGGAAUAAACAGUUCAGCUUUUUUAGUACUGAAAAUAACAAAGAACCAGACAUACUCAGUUUUGAAAGUUUUACACAAAUGGUGGAACUGCUUUGUUCCUAAAGCAUACAGAUUGAUUUUCAUACUGAAAAUCACGAACAGACAUUUGCUUUUUUAUACAAACAGUGGAACUUAUUUGCUCUUAAACCAUUCUAAUUUAUUAUUAAAUGUGAAAAUGAUUAACAGACAAUUGCCUCAAAAGAUUUACGCAAACAGUAACACUGGUAUGAUUUUCAAGCAUGCUGAUUAAGUCUACAUUUACUGCAUAUACAUAUACAUAUAUAUUCACUUACAGUCAGCAGUUACAGUUAAAGCCCAGUCCAGCAAGUCUAUCCAACACUACAUUUGUAAUUAUUUUUAUUUUAUAUUAGCACCAAAGUCAGUUGAUGACUUGCAAGGCUGUGUAAUCAGGUUGUGAUCUGACAUAUCUGACAUAGGCCCCUUGCCUAAUUCCAGUAGAAUUUUUUUUUGCCACUAUUCUUGCUUUGGGUCUGUAAGUUCUUAGACUCUGAUACCUGGCCUAAAGAGCCAUAGAUUUUGGGAAGAAUUUCUUUGGCACAGUCCGUAUUAUGCAUUCAGUUAAAGAACUUGACUCUCUUCAAUAGCAGCAAAGACAAAUUGUGAAACAUGAUGUUUGAGAGCGAAUUCCUGUCCAAUACAAAUAAUAUAUAAAUUAACAGGUGUCCAGUACCCAUAUGGUUGGUCCACCAGUGCCAGACAAAUGUUUGAUUUGUUCGAUAUCAAUUUUGAUGAAGUUAAAACCUCUGAAAUAUAUAAAAUAUGCCAAAUUAUCACCAUAUUUUAAUGCUGUCCUCUGUUUCAUGCAGCCCCUACUCUGUACUCCAAUGAUAUUUACUUUCAAAAUGAUAAGUAGAUUAUUUAGUAAAACAAUAUAUCGCUGAUCUCUGAAUAUAAAAUUUUAUAAUAUUAAAUAGAUUAAAACACCAAUAAAUGCUAAACAUUUUUGACCAGAUGAAUUCCCAAAUUUUAAUAGUUUUCUAAGACAGGUUUUAAGUGAGAGAAUCUAUUUAUUUUUAACGCAAAAAAUUUAGAUCUUACUAAAAACGUGAUAUUUUAUGUGUCAUUCUUUAAUAUAAAAACAUAUUUUACAUUUGGAUUUAGCUUAGAAGUUGUAUGUGCAAAACCAUAAGCUUAAAGAACCCAGAGGAAUUUGUUGAAUAGAUAACAUCCUCCACCCCACCCUACUCAUUUCCUAAUUCAAAUUUUGAAAUCUUCAUUUUUGUCUGUGAAUGGCAAAUACAGCACAAUGACUUUAAACUGGUUUUGAUUUAGAAUGAUUUACAAACAGCAUUCUGCUCGGUUACACACUACAUAUAAAGUCACAGGUAAAUGGCAUGAUAUUUCAACAAAUAUCGUUUUUGACAUACUUCCCACCACACUGUUGUGCAACCAUCACAUGUUAAACACAUUUUCAUGGAUAAAUAAUUAUUAAAACAACAGUUUCAACUGAUUUUCAUUUGAUAAUUGUUUAUUAGACCUCAUCAUUUUAUCAAACCUUUUCUUAUUUUAAUGAAAAUACAAUGUACCCCAAAAAUUUUUUUGACAAGAAAAUAGUUAAGCAUAGAUUUAGUAAUGUUCAUUACUUUACUUAUUAGAGAGAUUAGAUCCAGUUUAGGUAGAGAUUUUUUAUUACAAACAACACAGUACAAGACCUACAGAAUGACAUCUCACACAGCAAGCUGGACUGGGACUUUCAGGACCAAUAAAAGCUCAAAUUGUUCUUCAGAGCUUUCAUGCCAUCUUACAAGCAUUCUGUAUUUGAUGUUUUUUAUUAUUUCUAAUUCAAAAGCAAUACUCUUCAGGUCAAAUUGUUGGAAAGGUUUGCUUUAAUUUUUAAGUCUUUUGGUUUAAAUUUUUUGUUUGAUUUGUUGUGGCAAACACAUUAAGCAGUGUAAAGUAUAAAGGCAUGUCCAGAUUUCUAUUUGUGGCGAAUAGAAUGCAAUUAAAAAUUGUAAGCAUAAGAAAGAAUUUACUAAAUAUAAGUAUUAUAUACUGAUAAAAAUCUGUAGGGUGAUUUAUAACCUUAAUCGAAGUUAUGGAAACUUGUGUGACACAAAUUAUUUGAGCUUUUAUUGACCUUUUAUUGUAGCAAAUACAAACAAUUGCAAGCAGACACAGAAGGCAACCCAAAUUAUACACCGAUUCCAAAAUACAGUAACUGACAAAAAAGUUUAAAAAACAAAAAAAGAAAAAAACAUCUGGAACUUUGGAUUUGCUUGGAACUGUUUCAGACUAUUUUUGAGAUGAUGAAUUAUUUGAGAUCAGUAGAUUUGAGAAUUGUACGUAUUUAUCAUUUUUCAAUGUCAGUUAUCGAUGUCAUUGUCACUUUAUCACUUUGACGAUGUCUCUGAGUAUAUCCCAGUGUAAACCUAAUGGUGACAGCAUUUCUGGAACAUUUCUCAGACUUGAUGAUAUUAAGAGGGAUAAUAAACUGUAUAUUGCUUAAGAGGACAUUGUCCUGUCUAUAAUGUGUAAUUGUAGAGACAGAUUUCAAGAGAUUUAUGUGUCUGGACAAUUUUUCUGCUUUGGGUAUACAAAGCAACAGUUAAGCAUUGACAGAGUUGUCAGUGUUGGAAUACAAUGAAUAGAUCAAUUCAAGAAAUAGAAAUAAAACUGAGAACAGAUGGAGCCUUGACAAUAUUGAUUAUUGUUUUAGUUGUUGUAAAGGAUUAUGUUUAGAUUUUAUUGCUACUAGUAGUAGUUGAGCCUUGUCAUAAAUAAAUACUCAUCUGUGGGGAAUACACAGGUUUGUUAAAUGAA